GGCAACCAGCGCAGAACUCCAGAACUCCUCCUUCAAAGAAGCAAACCUCUGAUUGUCACAAAGACUUGCUGAAGAGGAAUUUGCAGGAAUCAUUCUGAAGCCUCAUCAUUGCAUUUAAAAGCAUUCUUCAAACCCAGAAAACAUCUGCAGAACCAUGGCACUUUUCAUUGUCCAGCUCAUUGGACUCAUUCUGGGUCUUAUUGGCACAAUUCUGACCAUCAUUGUGACAGCGAUGACCCAGUGGAGGGUAUCCUACAUGGUCGAAGGAAACGCUGUCAACUGUGAUAAGCGUAUAGAUGGGCAAUGGUUGAGCCGUUGGGAUGGUCUGUGGUUAACCUGCAUAACCAAGAAUCAAAACUCUAUGGAGUGCAAACAGUAUGAGUCUUUGGUGAUUAUCACCACUGACUUAAAAGCCGGAAGAGUCCUGAUGUCCUUUGCUGUUGUAAUUGCCAUCAUAGCCUUCAUUAUAGCUAUUGUUGCCCUCAUAUGUGUCCGAUGGUGCAGAAGAGCACGUGAUGGCAGAUACUGUCUACUUCUAACUGCUGGUGUUGGCUUCAUUCUGGCUGGCAUACUUGUCCUAAUUCCAAUCGUUUGGACCACCAGCAACAUCAUCCGAGAAAUAAACAACCCUGUCUGCAAAACAAUGCAAAGGCUUGAAAUAGGGGAAGCUAUUUUUCUGGGCUGGCCCACCAUGCUUUUCCUUCUGAUUGCCGGAGCUAUACUUUGCUGGUACCGCCCUUGCGACGAGGAGGAGGAUGACGACAGAUGCAAAAACAAUGUGUACUCCUCUCAAACAUCUCUGCCAAGACCAGUCUAUGUUCAAUGCCAAACGCAAGAGAAAACCCCUAGCCAAAUCCAGUAUUCCAGAAGCCAGUACAUCUGAUGAUUAACUGAUGAAAUUUAUGUACCUUAAAAUGAAAAUAAGCAAGAAGAUGAUUACAGGCUGCAACAGACAGGAUGCACUACCCUGAACCACUAAAAUCUUGCGUUUUUUCCCACCAGCCCUGCACUAAGGAGCUUCUUCAGGGUCGAACUGGGCUUGGGUGAGACUUUGCUCUCAUGUUUCCACUUUGGACUUUUAUAAUGCAUUUUAUGCACAUGCCGUAAUGAUCAAACUAGUUUUAAAGUAAAUAUUUAAACUAACUUAAAUUUAAAAUGCACUUUUAGACAUUGUAAGAGUAGAUAUUAUUAUGGGGAUCUGCUUUAUGAGCUUCAUGCAGUGUACUUGCAAAAAUGCAUUAUUAUGGAUUAACAGUACAUUGAAAAUAUAUGUAUAUCCCCUUUUUUUUGCAAUGCCCUGGUUGAAAAAGAAUAAUACAUCGACAUAGUUCAUUAUCAUACAUGAUUUAGAGAGGUUGUAUUUAAUAUCUGCCUGCCACAUGGUCUUUGGAACUUGAAAACUGACAUGUAUGCUUAGACACUCAGUGCUGUCAGAAUGAUUUAGCUACUUCAGCCACAAUCUCUUUAUAGAAGGCUGAAAGGGCAUCUGACCCUGUAUUUGUACAUUGCUGGUAUAAUUGGUAU